AUGAAAAACGCUGCAGGGCGCUGGGUGACUCAGGAACGCAGGCGCGGGUGCUCGACGCUUAGGAUGCUUAGGCGGUUUGGAUCGCGGUCGGGAGUCUGCGGAUUGGGACCGACGGGACGAGCCCCGCAUGGCCUUUCGUUGCUGGGCAGCACCCGGCGCGCGCGCCCUCCGGCCGCUGGCGUCAGGGAAGGCGGCCCAGGGCACAGGUGGCGGGCGUCUGGCGCGAGGCGCGCGGUGGCGCCGCCAGGAAAUCCCGAGCCCACAGGCCGCCCCCGGGAGCGCGAGCACGUGCGCAGCAGCUUACGGCGCGCCCCCGAGAGCCGGGGCUUCCCCUUCCCCGCCCCCUUGGCUUUCGCAGUCAAAUCCCGCUCUCCUCACGCCGCCCGCGGAAGUCUCACCGCGCAGCAGCACCCCCAGCCCGGGCGGUUCCGGGAACAGAAGGGCGCGACGCGUAGGGGGCCCGUAGAAUCUAAACUGCGGAGGAGGGAGGAGGAAGAAGAGAAAGGAGCAGCUUCUAGUUGCAGUUCAAGACCUGCGAGUUCACCCUCCGCGCCAAGCACCCAACUCCCGGCUCUGCCUACAGUCACCCACAGACCCAAUGAUCGACUAAGCGCCGUAAUGGCCCGAGAUGACACCAGGAGACUCCCUUGCUGUGUGCCUCCUGAAGACGCGGAACGUAGCCCCUUUCUCACACUCCUGGGACACAAAAAUACCCGACAACUCAAAAUCGCCGAACCACAUCUUUUCAUGCUUUGAAGACUUCUGCCCAAGCCUGUGGCAGGAGCAUGUCCAACUGUGAUUUGGGUUUCUUUUUAAACAUCGAAUCAAAGGGAAGAGGGGAGGGAUUCACAACUAAAUGGUAGUUGUUUUCAAGCAACUCUUUACGUAGCCCCAAACCUAGUCUAGUAUUCGGUCAUUCAGCCCCCAAACAUCUCUGCCUGCCUUUAUGUUCGGAUCUCACUCCAUUAUUUGUCGGCAUCAAGUCCUAAACCCACAAAGCGAUAGUUGUGCGGGACACCAAACCCAUACCUGCCCGUCCCCUACCUUCCAGGCAACCAGUGUCAAUCUACUCACUAUAUAUAAUUCCCAACAUCCCUACCCGAAGUGAGGAGAACGGUAAUUUAAAUAAUACAGCGGGGGAGGAGAGGACACACUGUUUUUGAGAGACUGUAAGCAUUCUGCUCUGUUCCACUCUGCGUCCUUACACUUGCUGAGCACUGACACCAAAUUUAAAUGGCGUUCCUUCAAAACUGAUGUAAUUGUAAAGAGCUGUAAAGGGCAAUGACUUCAACUGGAUAUUUUUUCCCAGGUACCCUACAAGGUUUGCACAAAGCAAGAAAGCAUCAUGUAGCCGAAAUGCUGAAAAGUAUAGAUGCUGCAAAACCUCAUUCUGAGGCUGAAAACUAUGAAUAGUCGGUGUAUUUCCUUCUGCGGUGCAGAAAAAGAACAACCAAAAAGAAAGCAACAAGGGGAAAUGUUAUUUAUUUUAAUGACACCAAAACUACCAAUCCUAGCAAUUUAUUAAAUUAAAAUCAUAGUCCUUUAAAUGUA